AUGGCGAAUCCAUGGUUGGCGCGACAGCGCAAGGCCGAGCUUGUCGAACUGGCGCAAGCCGUUGGGCUCAAAGACGUUGACAGCAAACGCAAGGCUGAUCUUGAGAUCGCCAUUGACGAGGUCCUCUCGGACAAUGCUGCGCGCUACCAGAGCGACCCGCGCUUCACCGAUUACUUCAAGAGCCGCGCUCGCGCUGGCGGCUCUCCAGUCAAGAGAGAGAGGGAGUCUGCCGCCGCGACAGGAGCUGCUGCCGGCGAUGUAAAGCCAUCCCGGCGCAAGUCGACCAAGCCGAUCGAAGAGCCUGUCGCUGCUACUGAAUCCGAAGAGUCAGAAUCGCCGACCGACCCCUCCGCAGCCCCCAGCGACACCCCUUCGAUGGCACUGACCCGUACCCCGGCCCGCGCGUUCGCCCUAGCUGCCCGUCUGACCAAUUCCCUCCCCGCAACCCCCGCCGACGUCGCGCAAGCGGUCGACCGCUCCACGGUCGCCGUCCGCUCACAGCUCUCCUCGCUCGUCGGCCCCGCCUCCCCGGUCGCAACCUCCCUCACCGACGCCGCACACACGACACGCGCCUGGCUAUCGACCGUGCACGCCGUCUUGUCAGCCGCCGCGCUCUUUGAGGCGUACCACCUCCGCCGGGAGCUGCUUCCGGAUGUGUAUGCGUUUACCAUUCCCGCAAUCAGCUGGCUUGGGACUGGCGACAAGCCGGUGCAUGUUCCCGACGUGUUCGCGUUGCUGACGAGCGGGUUUUGGGCAUGCACUGCUACGUGGCUGUUGACGAGUCUGAUUAUACCCGGUGUGGCGGGGUGGUUUUUCAACCUUAGCUCAGCGACUGGCACUGCGCCUGUUCGUGUGCCGGCUUCGGCUCCGGCAAAGAGGUCUCGUGGCAGGCCGAGCGGUGCGUCGCAGAAGCGGGAGGGUGUUGAUAAGAAUCAGGAGGAGGAGCAGGAGGAGGAGGGGGGAGAGGGGAUGUCAGAGGGGAAGCAGCAGAAGCAGGAGUAUGCGGUUGAUCCGCUUAUGUUUAGCGUUGCUAAGGCGCUGAUUACGUACGUGGUGUACGCGCAGGGGGUUACUUUUGGGGGUCUGCUCAGCCCGUGGGCUGUUACCCGUGUGGAAGCUGCCUUGUAUAGUGGCUGGCGCGGCGUCCUCGUUGGGACUGGCGUUACGGCCCUGGCGGCUGUUUGGGAGGCUGUGUCGCGGAAGUAG